UAUUUCUGACUUUUGCAAAGUUCUACUUUCAACUUCUGAUAAGUUUAAUAAAUUUGAAUGAGAAAAUGUUUACAGGUAUUUUACAAAAAACGUUCACUGUUGUUUCCACUUUGGCAUUUCGUGAAGCCCAUGUUUUCAAUCGAGCUAUACUAAAGCCAAAAGUUAGAUGCCAUUUUCCCAAACCACGUGAAGUGAAGCGUAUUAAUGUCCAUGGUUGGGAUAAACGUAUGUCUACUCCAGAAGGCAGGAGAGUAUUGAUGAGAAGGAUUUUGAAAGGCCGCCAUAAUAUAUCGCAUUAAAUAAAUUAAAAAAUUGUUUUUUCAAAAUUAUGUUUUUUUUUUUUUAGAAAAAUAUGUACACUAAUUUUU